GCCGUCGUGUCCAACAAAUACGUCCGAUGGCGAGUGUACCUGCCAGAUAGGGGAGAGGUCAAAUGGCUCCAGUUGUACCAUCUGCACGUGUAAGGAUGCCGGAGAAACAGGAGUUCCAUACUGUCUGGCUCCAGUGGAUGGUUCUUGGUCAUCUUGGUCAUCGUAUAGCAGCUGCAGUGUCAGUUGUGGACUUGGGCUCCAGAACAGGACCCGAACCUGUAACAACCCGUACCCUCGGUACAACGGUGACGUGUGUGACGGGUCACCUACAGAAACAGUCCUAUGUGACACUCAAGUCACCUGUCCUGACUGUGUGGAUGACAAUGCAGACUGUCCUGCCCGGGCCUUGAGUGGAGAAUGUGUCCGGAACAGUGGGUACAUGCUGGUGAACUGUAGACUGAGCUGUGAUGUGUGUACUGCAAAUGCCACAGAUAUGUGCAGCACGCCUCCCUGUCACGUGACCUGUACCAACUCGUCCGACUACCUGCGAUACGACUGCACCUGCAGUGGAGGCUGGGAAGGAAACCUCUGCAAUGAAACUGUUGAAUUGACACUGGAAGACAUUGACGAGUGUGCGAGCAGCCCCUGCACGAUCGGCGGCGUGUGCUUAGAUCGACUCAACGGGUACCUGUGCCAGUGUGGCCUUAAUUGUGAAUCAGUUUUGACUACAGCCCAAGUCAAAGACUGUUUGGAAGAUGAUGGGGCAUCCUACCGAGGAACAGUCUCUGUGACCGAAACAGGCCGGACCUGUCAACGCUGGGACAGGCAGACACCCCAUGGGCACGACAGGACUUCUGCUAACUACCCUUCCUCCGGGUUGGAACAGAACUACUGCCGGAAUCCUGACCACGAACCUACCCUCUGGUGCUACACCACGGAUCCCGGCAAGAGAUGGGAGUUCUGUGAUGUACCAUACUGUGAUGGCACACUCGGGCCUUACACUUGUUCUACCGAGUUCACCGGCUGCUCCUUACGUAAUCCACGUCCAACUUCACUUCCACGC